AUGGCUGAUCGUAAACCAUUCUAUGCGUUGAACGAUAAAGAAAUUACGAAAGUUGAUGAUCAAUUUUAUUUCAAUAUUACAAAAGAAGGUAUUCAAAAUAUUUCGGAGCAACAAUUCCGUGAAAUCUUCAAAGAGAUACUACAGAGACAUUUGAAAUUAGCACAACGGAAAAUUACUUAUCCAAAUAUUUUUGGUACCACAAACAAUUAUGUGUAUCGGCAUAAUGCAAUAGACUGUCAAAUGGUUUGUCAAUUUGCCUCAUUAUGUAUCAUAGUUAGUGGUAUUUGUUUACUAUUUACAUGUACCUGUUGCGCACAUUCAAGAGCUAUUAAUCAAAAUGGAAAUGAUAGUCUUAACGGUGUAAAUGCGAUUAAUGUUCCAGCACCAAUUGAUUAUAGUAAACCAUAUAUGAUCAGAUGUGAUUCACAAGGCUCAUGCUAUGCUAGGCCAUUAAACGAUGAUGAAGUACCACCGUUGCCAAGCUAUAAUAAAGCUCUCACUUGUCCAACUCAUCCAUGUUCAAUAAUUCACGAUUUAUCUGAAAUAAUUUAUCUGUAA